AAGAUGACAAAUGCACAAAGCAGUGUGAAUGCAAUCCGGGAACAGCCAAGGUAGAAUGCAAAGCAACAGCAUGUAAGAAAUCAGAGAUGUGUGGCCUGCGUGGUGGUAAGAGAGAUUGCUACCCAACAUCUUAUGCCACUUGCCAAGGUUCAGGCGACCCCCACUACCGCACGUUUGAUGGCAAGAAGUUCGACUUCCAGGGAACGUGUACUUACGUUCUCUCCAAAUUGGUCAGCAAAGACGACAUAUCUCUGGCACCUUUUGAGGUGCUUGUAAAGAAUCAGAAUAGGGGAAGGAACACGGCAGUGUCUUACACAAAGACAGUCACCAUCACUGUCUUCAAAAAUGUCAUCACCAUGAGUAGGGACAACCCUGGCAAAGUAUUGGUCAACAACCAGUAUGUGAACUUGCCAUUUGAUGUAGAAGAUGGCCUACUGUCCAUCUUCCGCAGUGGGUAUUUCGGGGUGGUGAAGACCAACUUUGGCCUGACACUGAAGUUCAACUGGAACAGCCACGUCUCCCUAACCCUCCCCAGCUCCUACUCAGACCUCAUCGGAGGGCUCUGCGGAAACUGGAAUGGACAACGGAACGACGACCUCCUCAAACCAGACAAGAGACCUGCCAACACCCCAACAUUAUUCGGGGACAGCUGGAAAGUGGGGAACGACCCUGGCUGCUCCAGCGACUGUGAUGGCAAGAAGUGCCCCACCUGUGACCACAGCCUGAUGCUGGAUUACCAAACAGGGAAGUACUGCGGCAGGAUCACAGACAAGAACGGUCCGUUCAAGCACUGCCACGCCAAGGUGGACCCCACAGAGUAUUAUGAGGACUGUGUGUUUGAUAUGUGUCUGUACCGUGGCCAUGCCUCUGCCCUCUGUAACGCCCUCAGCACCUACACCACUGCCUGCCAGGAUGCCCCUGCCAAGGUGGAACAGUGGACAGCUUCUGUCCAUCUUCCUGCAAGGCCAACAGCCACUAUGAGGUGUGUGCCUCAAGCUGCCCCCAGACCUGCAGCGGCCUCGAUGAGCCUGAAAGCUGUGCGAACUCCCUGUGCACCGAGGGCUGUGUGUGUGACGACGGCUUCAUACUGAGUGAUAGCGA